AUGGGAGACUCGAGUAAACCUUUGAGAUACGUCGAUAUUGGAAUCAACCUCAGUGACCCGGUUUUCAGAGGCGAGUAUCAUGGAAGACAAGUCCAUGACAAUGACCUAGACGACAUCAUCCAGCGGGCGCGGGAUGGGGGCUGCGAAAAGUUUAUGGUCACCGGCUCGGACCUGGAGGAGUCCCGGCGUGCCGUUGAACUUGCCCAGGCCUACCCGGGCUUCUGUUAUGCGACUGUUGGAGUACAUCCGUGCCAAGCAAAGCUAUUCGAUGAAUAUCCUGAGGGCGCCUCGAAAAUGCUGGAAGAGGUGAAGACCAUCGCGCUGGAGUCAAAACAGGCCGGACACGCCGUUGCCUUUGGGGAGAUAGGUCUUGAUUACGAUCGCUUGUUUCUCAGCCCCAAAGAACCUCAACUCAAAUACUUCGCAGCCCAGUUAGAUCUGGCGGUCGAGAUCCAGCUUCCUCUGUUCCUCCAUUCGCGAGCAGCCAGUGAGGAUUUCGAGCAACUACUCGCACCUCGACUAGCGAAGCUCCCCAAACGAGGCCUAGUUCACAGCUUUACAGGCACCUUGGAAGAGAUGAAUCGAAUGGUGGCUAUUGGACUCGACAUCGGGGUCAACGGGUGCAGUUUGAAGACCGAGGAAAACCUAGAAGUGGUCAAGGCUAUUCCGCUUGACCGAAUUCAGAUCGAGACAGAUGGACCUUGGUGCGAAAUCCGACCUUCCCAUGCAUCGGCCAAAUACUUGGAAGGGGCAACUGCCCUCCCGAAGGCCGUCAAGAAAGAGAGAUGGCAGAAGGGAUGCAUGGUUAAGGGUCGUAACGAGCCUGUGGCAAUUUCUCAUGUCGCCCAUGUCAUCGCCAAAGUUAAGGACAUCACCGUGGAGGAGGUUUGCGAAGCUGCAUGGAACAACUCUAUUAGAAUGUUCGGACUUGGGGAAGAAGCGUCGUAG